UCUCCGGGAUUCCAAGGGCUCGGUUACGGAAGAAGCGCAGCGCCGGCUGGGGAGGGGGCUGGAUGCGCGCGCACCCGGGGGGAGGCCGCUGCUGCCCGGAGCAGGAGGAGGGGGAGAGCGCGGCGGGCGGCAGCGGCGCUGGCGGCGACUCCGCCAUAGAGCAGGGGGGCCAGGGCAGCGCGCUCGCCCCGUCCCCGGUGAGCGGCGUGCGCAGGGAAGGCGCUCGGGGCGGCGGCCGUGGCCGGGGGCGGUGGAAGCAGGCGGGCCGGGGCGGCGGCGUCUGUGGCCGUGGCCGGGGCCGGGGCCGUGGCCGGGGACGGGGCCGGGGCCGGGGCCGGGGCCGCGGCCGUCCCCCGAGCGGCGGCGGCGGCGGCCUUGGCGGCGACGGCGGCUGCGGCGGCGGCGGCGGCGGCGGCGGUGGCGGCGGCGCCCCCCGGCGGGAGCCGGUCCCUUUCCCGUCGGGGAGCGCGGGGCCGGGGCCCCGGGGACCCCGGGCCACGGAGAGCGGGAAGAGGAUGGACUGCCCGGCCCUCCCCCCCGGAUGGAAGAAGGAGGAAGUGAUCCGAAAAUCUGGGCUCAGCGCCGGCAAGAGCGAUGUCUACUACUUCAGUCCAAGUGGUAAGAAGUUCAGAAGCAAACCUCAGUUGGCAAGGUACCUGGGAAAUACUGUUGACCUCAGCAGUUUUGACUUCAGAACUGGAAAGAUGAUGCCUAGUAAAUUACAGAAGAACAAACAGAGACUGCGGAAUGAUCCUCUCAAUCAAAAUAAGGGUAAACCAGACUUGAAUACAACAUUGCCAAUUAGACAAACCGCAUCAAUUUUCAAACAACCAGUAACCAAAGUCACAAAUCAUCCUAGUAAUAAAGUGAAAUCAGACCCACAACGAAUGAAUGAGCAGCCACGUCAGCUUUUCUGGGAGAAGAGGCUACAAGGACUUAGUGCAUCAGAUGUAACAGAACAAAUUAUAAAAACCAUGGAACUACCUAAAGGUCUUCAAGGAGUUGGUCCAGGUAGUAACGAUGAGACCCUCUUAUCUGCUGUUGCCAGUGCUUUGCACACAAGCUCUGCACCCAUCACAGGGCAGGUCUCCACUGCUGUGGAAAAGAAUCCCGCUGUUUGGCUGAACACAUCUCAACCCCUCUGCAAGCCUUUUAUUGUCACAGAUGAAGACAUUAGGAAACAGGAAGAGCGAGUACAGCAAGUACGCAAAAAAUUGGAAGAAGCCCUGAUGGCAGACAUCUUGUCGCGAGCUGCUGAUACGGAAGAGAUGGACAUUGAAAUGGACAGUGGAGAUGAGGCCUAAGAGUAUGAUCAGGUAACUUUCGACCAACUUUCCCCAAGAGCAAAUUUCUAGAAUUGAACAAAAGCGUUUCCACUGGGUUUUGCCUGUAAGAAAAAAAGUACCCGAGCACAUAGAGCUUUUUAAUAGUGCUAACCAAUGCCUUUUUAGAUGUAUUUUUGAUGUAUAUAUCUAUUAUUCAAAAAAUGAUGUUUAUUUUGAGUCCUAGGACUUAAAAUUAGACUUUUGUAAUAUCAAGCAGGACCCUUAAGAUGAAGCUGAGCUUUCGAUGCCAGGUGCAAUCUACUGGAAAUGUAGCACUUCGCGUGAAAUAUUUGUUUUCCCCCCUGUUUUAAUAUGAACCGAUCAGGAGUACCAAAUAAAUCUCCCAAUUAAAGAUUAUUGUGACUUCACUGUAUAUAAACAGAUUUUUAUACUUUAUUGAAAGAGGACACCUGUACAUUCUUCCAUCAUCACUGUAAAGACAAAUAAAUGAUUAUAUUCACAGAC